GAAGCGACACCACAUCACGAAACCCGAUUUCUAACUCUUCAGAUAAGACUUCUUUGGUCUGGAUUUAUUUUCUUCAUUUGACGAAAUCGAAUUCAGACGUGAUUAUUGCGAAGGAAGGGGCAUUAAUGUCAUGUCAUGCUGACACCCUUGUUUGUCACCACAACAGAACUGCCAACAAAUUGACUAAUUAGCAAAAAUCACGUUAUAAGAUAUCUGUUCUCCCCCUCCUCACAAAAUGUCACUACCACGAAUCCUCCUGACUCUCCUCGUGAAAACAAUUCGUUUCCUCGCCAAUACCUUCGCGCCCGUCAUCCUCCGCUACAUUUAUCGCACACCUCCCCACCCUGCGACCUACACCCUCAAGAUCCACACCACGCUUCUCCCCGCCUCACCCGGAACCCUCACUCUCCACAUCUACCAACCCCACGGCCACCGCAUCUCGAAAAAUGAUCCCCUACCAUGUAUUCUCAAUUUCCACGGUGGAGGUUUCGUGAUCGGGAAUCCGACAGAUGAUUCGCUUUGGUGUCAUACUGUCUCGACACUGCAAAAUUGCAUUGUGAUAUCUGCAUCUUAUCGAUUGGCUCCCGAAUACCCCUUUCCCACAGGACCUUAUGAUGCAUGUGAUGCCCUUCUUUAUCUAUUUUCUCAUGCUGAAGAACUGGGCAUUGAUGCCGAGAAUAUCGUAUUGAGUGGAUUCAGUGCAGGUGGAAGUUUAUGUUUUGGUGUUCCAUUAUUGUUGGAGGACUUGAAGGACAGAGGGGUUGUGAAGGAUAGAAAUUGGAACGUCAAGGGUAUCAUGGCAUGGUAUCCCGGAUUCGAUAGUACGAUAUCUCGUUCCGAAAAGAAGAUGAGGAUGAAGGAUCCAAGCCUCUCAUUACCACCUUGGCUUACGAGUAUCUUCGACCAGUCUUAUAAACCUGAAUAUUUGAAUAUUGAUCGCAGGCAUAAAUUACUUUCCGCGGGGCUUCAAAGUAGAGAGGUGUUGGAAAAAGGGUUACCGAGGAAAAUGAGAAUUGUUACUUGUGAACAUGAUAUGCUGUGUAGGGAAGCAGAGGACUUUGUAGAGAGAUUAAAGGGCUGGGGUUGGAACGUGGAUUUGGAGUGUGUAAUGGGUGUCAGGCAUGGAUGGGAUAAGUUUCCGCGUGCGAAACCUGACCCGAGGGAGUUUUAUGGAAGGGCUGGGGAGUGGUUGAGGAGAGAAGUUUGGGGCGGGGAUGAGGAGAGUGGUUAUUGAUUUCCCGUGGUGGCGGUGCAGAAGACUACGAGAAGUGUGCCUAAUAAUUGUGCUUGAUAACUCUCAAAUGUUCAGGUGUUUAUAUUAAAUAUAAAGCUUGAAUUUUAGAAGCUGUCUCGCCUGGAGUUGGUCUCGUUUAGCCCAAGAUUUUCCAAGUUUGAGUUCA